AUGGUGAGAGAGGAGCGCCUGGAAGCUCUCAUGCAGGUCCGUGGGCAUGCGCUGCAGCAGCAGAAUUGCUGGCCUUUGUGGGCGGACGAGCAGGUGCGGCGGGCGGUGCUGGAUGCCAUCCAAGCGCCGGACCCUGAAAGGGGCAAGAGCCUCUACACGGAGGAGGGACCUCCUCCAAAUCACCCCUCGGUGCGCACCGCGGCCUGCGGCGUGCUGGUGCAGCUGGCCAUGGACGAGGCGGUGAGGGAGGAGAUGGCCCAGGACACCUUGGUGCGGGAGAGCCUGGUGGAGGCCUUGCAGGUGGAGGCUGAAGAGGCGGAGGAGGCGAAAGAGGCGGAGGAGACGCCGGAAGGCGAUGGCAAGGAGGAGGAGAAGGAGGAGGUGGGGACGCCCUUCUUCGUGCAGAGCCGUGCGCAGCAGCUGCUCGCGAUGCUUGUGCCGGCCAGGGCGUGCGCGAAAGCGCUGCAGCGCCCGCAGGCGGCGCUGGGCCUGAGCCGGCUCUAUGAAGGCGCGGAGGUGGCGGAGGCUGAGGAGGACUUUGAGUGGGUGGAGGAGGGCGAGGAGGAGGAGGAGUUCGAGGACGACCCUCUGGUGGAGACGGAGGCCACAACGGAGCUUCCGGCCCAUAGCCCAGGCUCCGAGCCCGAAAAAGACCGCGGCGAGAAGGCGAAAGCCGCGCGCUCCGGCUCCGACUCGGACUCGGAAGUGGAUCCGGAUUCCUUGCUGGCCGAGGUGGAGGACAUCCUGAAUGCCAAGAAGCCGUCCUCCGACGAGGAUUUGCUGCAGGCGCUGGUUGCCAUGGCCGCGGUGGACAACGAGGAGGAGCUGCGGCAGCUGCCCCCUUGGCGCCUCGGCGCGGCGCGGAGCCGGCGCCUGGACGCGCUGUGGACCUUCGCGGCGGCGGCGGCGCGCGCGGAGGCCUCGCUGUGGCGGCCCGAGGUGCGGGACGCUUUGGUGAACGGUGCGCAGGCAUCCCAGCCGGACGCCGUGCGCGUGAGCUCGCUGGGCGUGCUUUCGGCGCUGGCGGCCCGGGAGGAGAACCGGCAAGCGAUGUGGCGGGAUCCGCAGGUGCGACAGGUCUUCGUGCUGGCAGCCGCUGACCAGACGUCGCCAGGCAGUGGCGAGGAUGUGCGGCACCUGCGCCCCCAAAAAACGGAGCUGCGGUUGCAGGCGCUGCUGGGGCUCUGGGCCUUCGCGGAGAAUGAAGAGCUUCGCCAGGAGAUUUGGAGCGACAGCCGCAUCGUGGCGUCCCUGCGGACAGCAGCGGAGCAGCCGCCGCUGAGGAAGAUGGCGUUGGCCGUGCUGCAGCGCCUGCCUUGUGCCGAGAACCAGGCGGCGAUGGUGGCCGAAGGCAUCCCCAAGAUUUUUGGGGCGGCCCUCACCACGGAAGAGCUCGACCGGCGGUGCCGCCGGGGCUGUGAGCUCGCGCGCGACCGGCUUCUGGCAGCGUGA